ACCAUUCAUCAGAGAUUUAACCAGCAGCUCAGUAGAGUGGCACUGUCUGCCGUCAGCGGGCGCUCUGUCUGGAAUGGAGAAUAACCGAACUUAUCUUUAUAAAGUCUGAGUUUCAAUACAGUUUUCGAUUUCACAUUUAACGGCAAGACGUGCAGUUACUUUUUAUAACGAUAGUACUUGUCAUUUUCCGUGUGCGUUGUUGUAGCAAAGAUGUCUAUAUUACCGUUUACACCCCCGAUUGUGAAGAGGCUGCUAGGUUGGAAAAAAGGCGAGCAGAACGGACAGGAGGAGAAAUGGUGCGAAAAAGCAGUGAAGAGUCUUGUCAAGAAGUUGAAGAAGACUGGGCAACUGGACGAGCUGGAAAGGGCCAUUACGACCCAGAAUGUAAACACGAAAUGCAUCACCAUACCGAGGUCUCUGGAUGGUCGUCUGCAGGUGUCCCACAGGAAGGGGCUGCCCCAUGUCAUCUACUGCCGCCUGUGGCGUUGGCCAGACCUGCAGUCCCACCACGAGCUGCGCGCCAUCGACCUGUGUGAGUUCGCCUUCCACACCAAGAAGGACGAGGUGUGUGUCAACCCCUACCACUACCAGCGCGUGGAGACGCCAGUGCUGCCUCCUGUGUUGGUUCCGCGCUACUCUGAGAUCCCCACUGAAUUCCCUCCUCUGGAUGACUACAGCCACUCCAUCCCUGAGAACACCAACUUCCCCGCUGGCAUUGAACCUCAGAGCAACUACAUCCCUGAGACGCCCCCGCCGGGUUACCUGAGCGAGGAUGGGGAGACCAGCGACCAUCAGAUGAACCAUAGCAUGGACACAGGAUCUCCAAACCUGUCGCCCAAUCCAGUUUCACCAUCCAACAGCAACCUGGACCUGCAGCCGGUGACGUACUGUGAGUCUGCGUUCUGGUGCUCCAUCUCCUACUACGAGCUGAACCAGCGCGUGGGCGAGACUUUCCACGCCUCGCAGCCCUCGCUGACGGUCGACGGCUUCACCGACCCGUCCAACGCCGAGCGCUUCUGCCUGGGCCUGCUGUCCAACGUCAACCGCAACGCCGCCGUGGAGCUCACGCGACGCCAUAUUGGCCGGGGGGUGCGGUUGUACUACAUCGGAGGAGAGGUGUUUGCAGAGUGCCUCAGUGACAGCGCCAUCUUUGUCCAGAGCCCGAACUGCAACCAGCGCUACGGCUGGCACCCAGCUACAGUGUGCAAGAUCCCACCAGGUUGUAACCUGAAGAUCUUCAACAACCAGGAGUUUGCGGCGCUGUUGGCCCAGUCGGUGAACCAGGGCUUUGAGGCCGUGUACCAGCUGACCCGCAUGUGCACCAUACGGAUGAGCUUCGUCAAGGGCUGGGGCGCAGAGUACAGACGCCAGACGGUGACUAGCACCCCCUGCUGGAUCGAGCUGCACCUGAACGGGCCGCUGCAGUGGUUGGAUAAGGUCCUCACCCAGAUGGGCUCCCCCACCAUCCGUUGCUCCAGCGUGUCCUAGACAGAGUCUGUCACCCUGACAACCAACACAACAUCCUGGCAACCAACCACACUUCGCACCCCCCUCAUCCUCACCCAGCAAGAUGGCAUACAGGAGCACCCCCCCCCCCCCAUACCUCACCCAACUCCAACACGUACACACACACACACACACACACACACACACACACACACACACACACACACACACACACACACACACACACACACACACACACACACACGAACGACUGUGGCUGAGGAGAUCCUAGAACAUCAGACAGUGAUCCAGCCUCUCUACAGGAGAGCAGUCCACUACUCUCACUGGUUGUUGCAUUUCAGUUCACACAUUUAAGAAGCACUUUUUUCUGGACAGCUGGUGGUGUUGGCGGCUCUGGCGCCGUGCCGUGCCGUGCCGUGCCGCGCCGCGUGUCCACUUUGCCGUGUCUGAAACGGCGGCAGUGGGGCUUCUGUCCAUUUUGCAUGUGGUGACAGCCACUGAUGCAUGAGAGCAAUAGCAAUAGGAACAUGGCCGAUCACCUCAUUGGUGUGUAUAUAUACAUAUAUAUAUAUAUAUAUAUAUAUAUAUGUGUGUGUGUGUGUGUGUGUGUGUUCAUGGAGUACUCAUCACGUGGACUGCUUCAGGAAAACAAGAACGUCUAGGCUUUUUUGUUGCUCAUGGUCGUCUUUUAAUGGCAAAGCUCCAAGAACUGUAUGAGUAUGUAUCUGUUGAACUGGAUGACCGGCGGCGGCGGCGUGCAGGGCCGUGUCUGAGGCUGUGGUCUUGGGCGGGCAUGACCUCUGACCCCUCGUCACCAUGGCAACCAGCGUGGCCAUCUUCUGCAUGGCUGAAGAGAACUGUCCUCAAGUUUGUGGGGAAUGUGAGAACCGUGUUUUGGUUUUUAAUUUUUUUUUUUUUUUUUAGCUACAAGUUUAUGUGUUCAUGUUGAAUGCUAAGCUGUUAGAUUAGCUGGGAAGCUUUCUCACUUGAUGAGAUCAUGAACCAGAGCACAUCCAUCAAGAUCAAUCAUAUUUAAGGUACUUUUUGGCUAAAGUAGCACAAAACUCUAUUUUUAUUUUUAAAAGCACUUGUCCUUACUACUCUGUGAAGUAGUACUUCUAAGAAGUCAUGUUUUGGAUUUUGAUUUCUUUUUGUAAAUGACAUCAUUGUAGUUGUGCCAUUUCCUUUCUUUCCAUCACAUUCAAAAUACUGUUAUUUGAGCACAGUUGAUUUUGGAGAUUUUGUAAUAAUGAUUAUUUUCAGACAAAUGCCCAGAGGGGAAUACAGGAAUGGUAUUGGUAUAAACUGUCACCCCUCAUCAGUGGUUGUACAUAAAUGAGUAUAUACUGUAAAGUGUGUUUCUACAUUUUUAACUCUUUGGCCAGGAGAGGGCAAAGGUCGAGUGUCUCAGGAGACUGUAGAACUCAAGGCAAACUUGUGACACCCACCCACCCACUCACUCACUCGGAAGAAGCAGUGAGCGCUUACGUUUCUUUUGAGGCGAGAAGCGUGUUUUUAGAGCAGUUCUUCGCCAACUUACCCAUAACCACCCACCCCCCCACUGCAGAUAUCGAAGUCUGGCCUUUUUCUUGUCACCGUCACGUCCAUGUCUCACACAAGCACGUCAAAGGGAUACUUCUCAGGACCAUCACCUCCUGUUCUCAAGAUAUUUAAACUGAAAAGAAAGUUGCGCGUGUGCAUAUUUUUCCGUGCACAAUCUCAUAUAUCUGUUCUAUUUUACUACCAGUUGUUUUUGUGCAAAGAAUAAAAAAGUGAAUUUUAAAACCUAAUAGAAAAUGUAGAGCGAGUACUGCUGGCAGCUCUUGACACGUGGCUUGUGUUUUUAUACAGAGGGUAGGGGGCACUCUUCAUGGGCCUCACCCCCUGCAGUGAACGCGCCCGCCCGACCGACCGACUGACUGACUGACUGACUGGUUUCUAAUGAGCCAGGCCCUGGAGUUCACAUGGGCAUUUGUCUUACACUUUGAUAGAAUAUCAGGCUUACCUUAACUGGAUCUGUUUUGUCUUUGAUGAUUAUUAUGAUAAUUCAAAAAAGAAAACCAUCUGUGGCUGUUCUUCUCGACACUAAGUAGAGAGCCCAGCAUCUGCCGGAGGACUUGAGCUGAAGCUCCAGAGGCAUGGAGGGUAUGGCACUGUACCUUCACCCUCCCCAGGCACAGACACUCGCACGUUCCUUUAGCUUCACGUAUGGCUGCGCACACCCCCAUGUGACUAUCUAUGGUGACCUCUCACCCCUGACCCCUAUGCACCGUGGCAACAACAGGCUUGUUGUGUUUGCAUCUAGUGAAAUCGAUGCUAAAGGAGCUGUGACCUUCUUUUUUUUUUUUGUGUGUGUGUGUGUGUGUGUGGCUGUUUUACAUCUCCAUGGCAACGCAAUGUUACACUAGUCGUCACCAUGACACCGGGCUGGAUGGCUUCUGCUUUGGUCUGUGGAAUACUACUUGGUUUCAGUGGACUUGGUGAGAUUGGGAAAAAAAAGACUUCUGAGGUAUUUCUGGUCUUCUGCUUCGAUGUCUAAGUACUUACCUUUACCUUCAUUCUGUCUUACCGGAGCUCAGCGCUCUCCUUUAGUGGAUUCUCUUGCCGUUUCUGCCCCUGUACAUGAUCUUCUUUUCCCUCUUUGCUUUAGUCGUUUUAAGCUACUGCAUUGUAUCCAUUUCUGUUUUGUUAUCCAAGAACUUGUAAUAAUAAAACAUGUAUAUUAAACUUC